AUGCCUGCAUCCAGGUCUGAAAGGACUCGUGCUACUCCAAUUAAUAGCCUGAAACAAAAGCGUAGUAGUGUCUUUCCGAAUUUUGAAACCAGUACGGAUCCUAAUCUCAUCAGCCAAAGUUAUCGAGAUACUAAUGACAUUCACCUCUUGUCCGCUAGACUUGCUUCCGUCGAUGUCGAUGGAGCCCAUGUGCCACGUUCCCCUUCCCCAGAUAUAACCGAUGAUGCGUCUGCUUAUUGGCAAGAUCAGUAUUCUGUUUCUUCAUAUUCUCGUCCCCGAUCCGUGCUUACCCGUCCGUCCAAUACUGACCUUUUAAUUCCCUGGGAACAAGACGAGAGCCAUCCUUUACUUCUUUCCUCCGACAACCGACUUUCUUCGACGUAUGGUUUGGAAAACACUCCUCUGCCGAAUGGUGCUUCCCCGGCUCAUCACGAGAAAGUCGGCUCUCGUUUUUCGUUCCACAGAGUGUAUAAUUAUUUCUUUGAUGAUAAGGGUCCGUCGUUAAUCUUAUACAACAUCCCUUCUGUCACAAUUGGUUUACUCCUCAACAUCUUAGAUGCAUUAUCCUAUGGUUUAAUUCUCUUUCCUAUUUCUAAUCCUAUCUUCAAAAACUUGGGCGCUGAUGGCCUUGCGAUCUUUUACGUUAGUUGUAUCGUCUCUCAGUUAGUGUUUUCUUUCGGCGGUUCAGCAUUCAAUGGCUCAGUGGGUUCUGAAAUGAUUGAGGUUAUCCCCUUCUUUCAUCAAAUUGCCUUUACUGUUCUUAAUCAUGUCGGCGAAGAUAAUCCAAAAUCUGUCAUUGCCACAACCGUUCUUGCUUACUGCCUUUCCAGUAUUCUUACCGGAAUUGUAUUCGUAUUGCUUGGAUUCUUGCGCCUCGGUAGACUCAUUGAAUUCUUUCCUCGUCAUAUCCUUUUGGGAUGCAUAGGUGGUGUUGGUUACUUUCUUGUAAACACAGCUAUUUUUGUAUCCUCUAGAAUUGAAGAUAAUAAUCUUUCCCAUUGGGAGUGCCUUGUUUCUUUGUUUGAACCUUUACCUCUCGCCCGAUGGAUGACACCUUUGUUUAUGGCUCUUAUGCUUGAAGUUGCCCAAUCUCGCUGGGGACAUCCGUUUCUAAUUCCUUCAUUUUUUAUUCUUGCUCCUAUGUUAUUUUACUUUUUGGUAUGGGUAAUACCAGGCUUAAAUUUAGAAUUUCUGCGGGAAACAGGUUGGGUCUUUUCUAGUACCCAAAGCGACGUACCGUGGUACCAUUACUAUGAGCUAUUCAGCUUCCAAGAUACAAAUUGGGGAGCUAUAAUGGCAACAGUUCCAGAAAUGCUGGCUUUGACUUUUUUCGGCAUUCUCCACGUUCCCAUCAACGUUCCUGCUUUGGCCAUUUCCACUGGCAUGGAGAAAAUAGAUACAGACAAGGAAUUAAUUGGUCAUGGUAUUAGCAAUUCAUUGUCCGGUCUUGUAGGAAGUAUUCAAAAUUACAUGACCUAUACUAAUUCGUUAAUGUUCAUUCGAUCUGGUGGUAAUAAUCGUCUAUCUGGAGUUAUGCUUGCUGUUGCAACUACAGGUUUACUAAUUCUGGGUCCCGGCGUUAUUUCGUAUAUUCCGGUAUGGACUGUUGGCUGUUUAAUUUUCUUAUUGGGUAUGGAAUUGUUAAAAGAGUCUUUGUGGGAUCCAGUUGGCACUACCACGAAAAUAGAGUAUUUCACAAUCGUGGCUAUUGUGGUUUCCAUGGGUAUGAUUGAUUUCGUUUUUGGCAUCUUACUUGGCAUUAUUCUGGCAUGUGUAUUCUUUGUCUUCCAAGCUUCCAGAAGAUCCGCUUUACGUGGGAUUUAUUCUUGCAAUAUGCUCCGUUCGACAGUGCGUCGCCCAUUAAGCCAACAGAGAUUUUUGAACGAAAUCGGCAAGCAAAUUCAUAUCUGUAAAUUGUCUGGUUUCCUAUUUUUCGGUACAAUUAAUGGUGUAGAAAAGCAAAUUUCCGGUCUUAUUGAAGAGUUAGAGGCAACAUCCGAUCCAUUGCGUUUUUUAAUUAUCGAUUUUAGUAUGGUUUCUGGAGCAGAUUUCAGUGUUGUUCAAGCGUUCUUAAGGAUUCGUCGUGUGCUGGCUGCAGUAAACGUCCCAAUGUUCGUGUGUGGACUAGAUGAGCACCGGUCUUCAUUUAAAAAACUUAGCCAGAUUUGUUUUACCGAAAACGAUAUUUGCGAUUGCCAAGUAUUUGAAGACAUAAAUUCAGCUUUGGAAUACUGUGAAAACUUGCUAUUAGACGAAUAUGAGGUAUGCCGAAAUAAACUGUUACGAAAAGCGGGCAUGUCAGCCACGCUUGCCGUUCCUACCAGAAGUGGCACUCAAUUAAACUUGGCUCAAACUUUCUCUCCCUCACCCCGUCAUGACUUGUUACGAGAAGUUGCAGCAUCUACCGUGAAAGAUGAGUCGAAUGAGAUAAAUAGGUACGAACGGUAUGCCAAGUACCAACAACCAUUCCCGCUCCUCAUGCAAGUGUUUGGUGAGGUUACCACAAAAAGAGACGAUUUUUGGUUAUCGAUCUGUCCUUACUUUAAGAAAAGCCUAUUAAAAAAGGGAGAUGUCCUUUGGAAAAAGGGCGACCUUCCUAAUCGCUUCGUCCUCCUAGAAACAGGUAUGGUAAAAGCUACGUAUCAAAUGGAUAGAGAAGUUUUGUCUGAAAAUAUUACUUGUCUUUGUCUUGUGGGUGAAUUACCAUUUUUCAGUCAAACAUGUUAUAAUGCCACCGUGACAGCUCAAUUGGAUAGUAUUGUUUGGUUCAUGGAUCGCGAAUCAUGGGAAUCCCUUGUGAAUUCUUUCGACAACGGACAGGAUGUAACGAACGAACUGCUACGAAUUGCAUUGAAAAUGACUCGUGAACGUGUCAAUGUCUUUACUAAUUUUGCUCUAAACUUGUACCGUUAA